UCCGAUGGCAUUCUCCUCCAUCGCCACCCCCUCCUCCUCCUCCUCCUCGUCGUCUUUCACCCUCCCCACCAAACCUUCCCCCGGCGGAGGCUCCGUCUCCUUCUCCUUCUCCAGGGCGUCGUGGGAGGGGACGAGGAAGGUCAGGAUGGCGGCGGUGAGGGCGGAGGCCGUGGACACGUCCAUCAGCCCGCGGGUGAGCGCGCUGCGCCCCUCCAAGACCAUGGCCAUCACCGACCAGGCCAGCGCGCUGCGCCAGGCCGGGGUGCCCGUCAUCGGCCUCGCCGCCGGGGAGCCCGACUUCGACACGCCGGCCGCGAUCGCCGAGGCUGGGAUGAAUGCAAUCAGGGAUGGCUCUACGAGGUACACGCCUAAUGCCGGGACUAUGGAGCUCAGGAAGGCUAUCUGCAACAAGCUCCAGGAGGAGAAUGGCCUAUCGUACAGCCCAGAUCAGGUGCUAGUGAGCAAUGGAGCUAAGCAGUGCAUUACACAAGCUGUUCUUGCUGUUUGCUCACCUGGCGAUGAGGUUUUGAUACCAGCACCAUUUUGGGUCAGCUAUCCUGAAAUGGCUAGGUUGGCUGGUGCAACACCAGUUAUCCUUCCGACAAGCAUAUCAGACAAUUUCCUGCUAAAGCCAGAGUCACUUGCCUCAGUGAUCACUGAAAAAUCAAGGCUGUUGAUUCUAUGCUCCCCAUCUAAUCCAACAGGCUCUGUGUAUCCUAGGGAGCUGCUUGAGGAGAUUGCUGAUAUAGUCAAGAAGUAUCCUAGACUUCUGGUUCUAUCUGAUGAAAUCUAUGAGCAUAUUAUCUAUCAUCCAGCUAAACACACAAGUUUUGCUGCCUUACCUGGAAUGUGGGACAGAACAUUAACUGUAAAUGGGUUUUCUAAGGCUUUUGCUAUGACUGGUUGGCGACUUGGAUACUUAGCUGCCCCUAAGCAUUUUGUGUCAGCUUGUGGAAAGAUCCAAAGCCAGUACACAUCUGGUGCCAGUAGUAUAUCACAGAAGGCAGGGCUUGCGGCCUUGAACCUAGGUUAUGCCGGUGGUGAAGCAGUUUCAACCAUGGUCAAAGCAUUCCAGGAGCGCCGGGAUUACCUUGUAAGAAAUUUCAAGGAACUGCCAGGAGUCAAAAUAUCCGAACCUCAGGGUGCCUUCUAUUUGUUCAUCGACUUCAGCUCCUACUACGGUUCUGAGGUAGAAGGUUUUGGCACUAUCAAGGACUCUGAGACCCUCUGCAUGUUCCUGUUAGAAAAAGCACAGGUCGCGCUUGUCCCUGGGGAUGCAUUUGGAGAUGACAAGGGUGUUCGUAUGUCCUAUGCCGCUGCACUAUCAACUCUACAAGAUGCAAUGGAGAAGAUAAAAGAAGCAAUGGCUCUGGUCAGGCCCCCGGUUGCGGUUUAAUGAAUGUUAAAUGUCGACCAAAGGCAUUUUCACCAGCGAUGCCUUGUUAUACUAAACAGUGUUUAUUUACUGAAAUUAGUAAAGCAUGCCAUUGUUGUAAAGGAGAAAAUUCUCCAUCUCUCUUUUUGUGCAAACUUACAGAGGAUAUGGUUUGUUUCAAAUUUACGUUUGUGGUUGUCAAGGAGUAUCAGUAUUGGUUUAGGAGAACAUAUUUCCUUCCUUGUACCUAAUAUAUAGUCCCCUUGGGCUAUUCAAUCAGGAAUCCAUAACAGUGGUGACUGGGUUACUGCAAA